AUGGACGAGCUAAAGGCUCAGUUUGCGGAAUCGAAUCUGUCGGCAGUACAGAAGCUCUUGGCGUUAACCGGACUUCCUGUGCUGUACAUCCUCGGCCUGACGAUCUACCGUCUUUACUUCCAUCCUCUUGCCAAGUUUCCUGGGCCCAAGCUGGCUGCAGCUACACGAUGGUACGAGUUCUAUUAUGAUAUCAUCAAGAAGCCUGGGGCCCAGUUCUUUGUGCGAGUUGGAGAAAUGCACGAUGAGUAUGGCCCCAUUGUUAGAAUCAACCCCCACGAAAUCCACAUCCGUGACCCUUCUUUCGUCGACACCCUCUACGCCACCAAUCCAACAAAGAGAGACAAGUAUCUUCCAACUUCGGAGAUCGCCGGGUUGUCAUCUGGAAGCAAUGGCACAGUUGACCACGAUCUACACCGUCGUCGACGCAUGGCAAACUCGCGUAUGUUCUCCAAGCGAGCCGUUGCAGGCGUCCAGGAGCUUAUCCGUGGUCAUAUCAAGGAGCUUACUCAAGUCUUUGAGAGAAAGGUCGGCUCAUCUGAGCCUAUUGAGCUGCAGACUACGUUCCUUGCUUACACUACGGACGUCGUCUAUCACUACAUGUUCAACAGGGACGCUGGCCUCCAAAAGGACUGUAGCAAAGCCCAGAGCUGGCGACACUCCAUGGUGGCAGUGAGUCAGGCAAUUCCCUUUUGCAGACAGUUUCCUUGGCUCAACGCCAAGCUCUUGAUGUUGCCUGACUGGAUCCGGGGAAGCCUUGUGGCCAAACUUCAGCCUGAUAUCGCUGGUCUUCUCGCUACCCACAAGCUUAUGGGUAAAAUUGCUGCUGACUACGUCGCGCACCGAAAUACAGAGAAGGGUAAACGCGAAUUUGAAGAAGACUUGAAUAAUGAGAAGCCCCUGACUAUCUUCCACUCCAUCGACCGCAGUACCCUGCCCCAGGAGGAAAAGACUUCGGAUCGCCUCAUGCAGGAAGGUCUCAUUGUUCUGUUUGCUGGUAGCGACACAAUUUCACGACUUCUUUCUCACACAAUAUAUCAUUUGCUGGAUAACCCCGAGCUUUUGGAUAAGGUCCGCAAAGAAAUCCUGGACGCUGCCGGAGACUGCAAGGAUUUGCCCGAUGUCAAGGUUCUUGAAACACUGCCAUGGCUUGCUGCUUCUGUCCGCGAAUCCUUGCGUCUACGCGCCGCUGUAACAUCACGAUUGCCACUUGUGUCAAGAAAGGAUCUGGUUUACGAGAAUUGGGUUAUCCCUGCCGGCAUCCCUGUUAGCAUGAGCCAUCCAGAUAUUCUUCACAAUGAAGAGAUAUACCCUGAGGCUUCGAAGUUCAAGCCUGAGCGGUGGUUCAAUGCUACGGAGCAGCAGAAUAAGAUGUUUAUCCCCUUUGGAAGAGGAUCUCGCAUGUGCACUGGUAUGGACUUUGCGUACACUGAAUUAUACAUGUCGUUGUCCACUCUCAUUACGCGAUUUGAUUUGGAAUUGUUUGACACUGACUGGGAACGUGAUGUUGCGUAUACACGGGACUGCGCCUUUGGCGAGGCUUCUAGAGGGAGCCCUGGGAUACGAGUCAAGGUGCUGGCCGAUAACAAGAGGUGGUUUGCGGAAUAA